AUGCCUGCUCACACAAGCCACAUUUUGCAACCACUGGAUGUUGGAGUUUUUCGACCACUUAAAGCGGCAUGGAGAGCAGAGUUGCAAAAUUAUAAAGUAAACAAUCCCACCUCAGUACCCACAAGAUUUGAUUUUCACAAAUUUUUGACACCGGUAUAUGAAAAAUGUUUUACGCCUACCAAUAUACGAGCAGGAUUUAGAAAAGCCGGAUUAUAUCCAAUAAAUAAAAAUAUUGUAUGUUCAGAAGCUAUUGCACCUUCAAUAUUAUCAGAUCAACCUGUUCCUACAUCACAGUUCUCUAUGGAAGAAAUAAUUAUCGGUCAAGACUACGAUGUUGAUAUUCCUCAAGCCGAAAUAAUAAAAACUAAUUAUGAUCCCCUUAGUGAAGGAGCAAUCAACGAGAAAGACGCUAGCAAACCUUCAAUCCCAAGCAUUAGUUCUAUUGCCGAGGCACAAAUUGAAAAUAGUGCUCCUUCUGAGACUUUGCAAAUGGAAUGCGAGUUAGAACAAGUUCCGAACUCAAUGUAUAAUAUAAAUACUGUAACAAAUAAUAUAACCAUUGACGAUAUACCGAGACCUAUUCUUCAAAAUAAAAAUAAAAUUGAGAUACACGACAUAUUAAUAUUACCAAAAUGGAAACCUAAUAUAAAAACACGACAAAAGAGAAAUGUUCCCAAAGCUCAGUGCUUAACACCGGUCGCCACAACAUCAUCUACAAACGUAUCUUUAAGACAUGUCCGCCGAACAACUUUUAAAAAAGAAGAUCAAAAAGUGAAAGAUCGGCGAACACCACAACCAAACUUAAGAAAACAAGUAAAAGAAAACGUCAAACAAACUUCUCAACCAUUAAAUAGAUUAAAAUCUUCAAUCUCGGAUGAUGAAUGGGUUUGCCGAUCUUGCAAUGGGCUGUACUCACAAGAUGUAAAGUUACAAAAUGGAGCCGACUGGAUUACAUGUUCUUUCUGUACUAAUCCUUAUCAUAUCCAUUGCCAAAGUCAAAUUAUAGGUGAUAACCAAGAAGUUUUUAUGUGUGAUAGUUGCAGCAUUGAUGAAUCUAGUGGUGAAGAGUAA